GUCAGCUUUAAACUGAAUGAUACAAAUCGCUACCUCCAAGUGUCCCGGUUUCUCAUCCAUUUAUAUAAGAAAACUUAUGAGCCCCUUUCUGAACAGGCCUGGCUGAGCAUUAUCGACCGAGUUUACAUCCACUCCAUCACUCCAUCACUCCAUCUGUCCUUUCUUCCAUCCCUCCAUCACCCUCUUCUUCCCUUCCUUCUUUCAACAUCCUUCACCCGGCAGAAAAGGGGUCGUCGCCUUUUAUUUUUAUCCACCUCUCGUUUUAUUCGCCAUUACACACUUCCAGUUCGACCUAAGAGCGAAGGAUAUCCUCAGCCGUUAUUCAAUCGCCCAUUGCGGCUGAACACCUUCCCCCCCUUUCAUCCCAACCAUGGACAAGAUACUGCACCUCGGCAAGAAGAAGUCGACCAAACACUCACCUCCAAUCUCCAUCUCCUCUCCAACCUUGAACCCUACAGGCACGGCCGCCUUCUUCCCGCCCAGCAAUUCGCCGCCGUAUCAACCCCAGACGACGUAUCAGCCCCGAGUGAGCGUCAAUCUUAAUCAGACAGACCGCGAACAAGGCCAGUAUGCCAUCAGCAGCAGCUACGCCAAUAGUGGCAACAACAGCGGUGUUUAUAACAGUAAUUCGGGAGAAAGGACAAGCAGUAAUGGACAUGGCCAUUACUCCCACUCGAGCGACUAUUCAUCCUCGACUUCAUCCCCGCCUCCGUCUGCUCGAGGAAACCAUCCCAGUCACUACUCAGCCUCGUCCAGCCCAUACUUUGGAUCCGUCUCGGCUGCCACUGCGAAUGCACUUGCCACAUUUGCCGCAGGACAUCACCGCGUCUCCUCAGGGUUAGACCGGCCGACCUCUCCCAGCCAUGAUGCACAGUCUGUCCGCUCGUACAGGACUUCGACCUCUGGGACACAAAGUGAGGCUGGGCGAACUGAAUACAACAUGUUACUGGCGCGCCCCCGGACGGACCAGGAAAUCGAGGACCGCUUCGUUGAUUUUAUGAAUAACAUGGGCAUGCAUGAGCCUGAGAAGCGCAAGGCAAUGGCGGGACUUUCGAUGGACAAUAAAUGGAAGCUCAUCUAUCAGCACGAGGCCCAGGAGCAGAGCAAGGCACGGAAACGAGAGGAGGGCUUCAUCGACAAAACGUCUCCAGAGUACUAUGUACGAAAGAUGCAGUCGGAUGCAGAUCUCAGGAAUAUGGAUAUCAAAAUUCUGGUUGCACUUCACGUGUCGCUCAAGUCUCAGCCCAUAUCCUGGGUUCGGAUCUUCAUUCAGAAUCGCGGACAACAGAUCCUUUCGUCCUCACUAGCAACCCUGAACCAUCGUCCCUCUAGACGCGACACUGAUUUGGCAAUGGAGCACGAGAUCGUAAAAUGCUUGAAGACGCUGCUCAACAAUAGAUGGGGGGCUCAGGAAGCGAUCAAACAUCCUCCUUGUAUAUCCGCUCUUUGCUUCUCAAUCACAUCGCCCCAGCUUCAGACGAGAAAGCUGGUCGUAGAGGUGCUAACUUUUUUGUGUUACUGCGAGGUUCCAAUGGGUCACAAGCUGGUGUUAGAGGGAUUGGAUCAGGUUCAGGAAUAUUGGAAAGAAAGCGCACGCUUCGACGCAUGGAUGCGAAUCUUGGAAAAUACCAUUGACGGCCGCGGUCGCUUUGGCACCAUGGUUGGAAUGAGCGAGGAAUUGAAGAAGACAGGAACACUCGACAGCCAUCUUAUCGAAUAUGUGCUGUCCAAUGUCAUUUUCAUCAACGCAUUGCUACAAGUCGUAGAUGAUAUUGAGCUCCGAAUCCAUCUUCGGAGCCAGCUGACGACUAGUGGGUUAACGCGAAUCAUUUCCAAAAUGAGGAGUCUCAAUCAUGACCUGAUCGACAGGCAGCUCAACAUCUACGAGGAUGAGGCGGAGAACGACUACGACGAUAUGGUGGAAUUCUACAACCACCAGAUUCUGCAUGACAUGUCCGACCCUUACGAUGUGUUCCAUGCAUUGCUUCGGUCUGUGGAAAGCAGUAGGGCGUACGACUUUUUCCUGUCACUUCUUCAACAUAUGCUUCUUAUUCGCGAGGAAGGAGACCUAAGGAUUCGCUACUUCCAGCUUAUGGAUGCAAUCGUAACUCAGGUCGUGCUCGAUCGACGUGGGAUUACAGACGACUUUGAUCAAAAGAUUGGAAUAUCUGUCAAUCAACUUGUCAGCAAGCUGGUAGACCAGGAUCGUCUGAAUGUUGCCCUUGAGGAGUCGAAGCGCCUGCGACAAGAAGUUGAAAAGUUGACUCUACAAAAGAAUCAGCUGGAGCACGAUAUUGGCCAAAAAGAUGAUGGUGUGGUCUCUGAACUGAAAUCCAAUAUCUAUUCCCUCGAGGAUCUAUUGCGGGUCUCACGACACACUAUCCAAACACUCCAGGCGAAACUGAAUGAGGUUGAGACCCAGACACAUACCAAGAUUGCCUUGCAGGAUGCCCAACUGAAGCGUCUAAUGAAGUCCCUGGACGAUGCAAAUGCUUUAAUGAAGGAAGCUGGAAUGCAAACAGGCAUCUCCAUUGGUACAGGCCCUGGGGGCCCUGGCGUUGGCUAUGGAAACGGCUAUGGCACAGGGACUGGAACUGGUCAUGGGAAUGGCCAUGGAGCUGGGUAUGGAACUGGCAUUGGUUCAGGAACUAGUACUGGCUCAGGAAUUGGUACUGGCUCAGGAGCUGGCACUGGCUCAGGAAUUGGUACUGGCUCAGGAACUGGCACUGGCUCAGGAACUGGCACUGGCUCAGGAAUUGGUACUGACUCAGGAACUGGCACUGGCUCAGGAACUGGUACUGGCUCAGGAACUGGCACUGGCUCAGGAAUUGGUACUGGCUCAGGAACUGGCACUGGCUCAGGAAUUAGUACUGGCUCAGGAACUGGCACUGGCUCAGGAAUUAGUACUGGCUCAGGAACUGGCACUGGCUCAGGAAUUAGUACUGGCUCAGGAACUGGCAUCGGUCCAGGAACCAGUGCUGGGUCUGGAUAUGGUGGGAAAGGCAGCAGAGACGAGGUCCCACCGCUUGACAAGGAUAAGAUUCGCCGCAUGCUCGAGCAAACCAGAGCGGAGAAAUCCAAGCUGCAGGCACGAUAUGGUGCCCAGGUGCCUGCUUAUAUUACUACAGCGGAUCCUACACUCAAGCAGGAUUUGGAGCGACUCGACGGACAGCAGCACCCAGAACAGGGCACCGGUCUCGAGGGAGUUUCCAAUGGAUCCGGAAGAGGACGCGGACGCAAGCAAUCUAGAGAAGGAGACGAGGAUGAUGAAUCUGCUGAUGAAGUCGAGGAGCUUUCAGAAGAAACCGCCACUUCAUUGCCGCUGGCACCACCACUCGUUGGUGGUGCUCCUCCACCUCCACCUCCACCGCCUUCCGGAGGCCCCCCACCACCUCCCCCACCUCCAGCUGGUGGUCCCCCACCACCUCCCCCGCCUCCAGCUGGUAGUCCCCCACCACCUCCCCCACCUCCAGCUGGUAGUCCCCCACCACCUCCCCCACCUCCAGCUGGUGGUCCCCCCCCACCGCCGCCACCACCAGGUAUGGGACUCACGUCAUCUCUCCCAUCACCACCCGUUGGCAUGGGCAACCUGCUUGGUCAGAUGCUGGCUAAAAGUAAUUCAACCAAGUUAGGCGGCAACAAUGACUCCGAUUCUGACUCUGAUGAGCCCGCACCAGGCAGUUUUGCUGCCAUGUUGGCCGCCAAGAAGAAGAGAUUAGGACAAAGCAGCCCGACAACGACCAAAGGACCUUCAUUCGCCCGACCAAAGGCUGGAGACCCGCCACCUCCACCCCCAUCAGGAGCAGGGGGACCACCGCCACCACCGCCACCACCAGGCCGUGGAGGACCGCCACCUCCUCCCGGCGGAGCAGGGCCACCUCCCCCAGGAAUGAUGUUGACGAACAAGAAGAAGGAUGGUGCAAUAGCAGGCGUGAAGCUAAAAACGCUGCAAUGGGACAAGCUCAAUUACAUGGCUGUUGGAAACACCAUCUGGGGUUCUGGUGGCGUGGAUGAAGAGGCACUGCAGCGCGCUCUUGGCGCAAACGGCAUCUUUGGAAACAUGGAGCAGCUCUUUGUGGCCAAGGUCACUGAGUACAGAGAACCCCGUGCAUCCAAGAAGGCGCGCGAGAUCCUUAUUCUAGAGCAGCGUCGCGCUCAUCAAAUCAACAUUAUGUUGGGUGGUAUGAAGCACACGAAUCCUGAGAUUCGUCAUGCCAUUCUUCGUAUGGACGAGGACUUUAUGCCGCUUGUCCAGCUGACAAACCUGCUUAAAUAUGUUCCUGAUGCCGAAGAAACCGGAAAGCUUUUAGAGUAUAAGGAUGCACCGGAGGACGUUAAAUUGCGAUUGGGUAGAGCGGAGGCCUUCUUCGUAGAGAUCCUCCAAAUUGACAGAUACCAACAGCGCCUGGAGGGCCUCAAGUUCAAAGUGACAUUUAAGUCUCUCUUGGACGGCGUCAACGAGUCUAUCUCUGCUAUUUCCAUUGCUUCAAAGAGUUUGAAGGAUGCUGGGUACUUCAAGGAGCUGCUCAACCUAAUUCUCAUGCUCGGAAACUACAUGAACGGAAACAGCCACAAUGGCGGAGCCUUCGGAUUCAAGAUUGCCAGUAUCAACAAACUGGUCGAUACGAAAGCAUCCAACGCUUCCAGUAUGACACUACUACACUUUUUGACAAGCAUCACGGAAACGACCUUGCCCGACCUUUUGCAAUACCAAGCUGAGAUUAGCUCUUGUGGAGAAGCGUGUCGAGUCUCGUUGCCAGAGCUCCAGUCAGAUUUCAACCAUAUCAAGACCCAGUUGAAGGAAAUCAAGGUGGAGCUCAGCACUCAUUAUCCUGAUGGCCUGAAGACGUGUGCUGACGAUCGCUUCUACGAAGUUAUGCAGCCAUUUAUUGAGACGGCCGAAAGACAAUUUUCAAGGACCGAGUCAGCCAUAACGGAGAUGGAAAUUCUUUACAAGGAUUGUGUCAAAUUUUACGGAGAGGAGCCUACGAUCAUGAAGCCGGACGAGUUUUUUGGAAUUUUCAAGACGUUUACAUCGUCAUUUGAGAAAGCAAGAGAGGACAACCGCAAGCAGAGAGAAAGAGAUACCCAGCGCGAGAAGGCUAGACUUGCGGCCAAGCAGCGCCAAGAGCAGAUCGCCGCCAAGCGGAAUCGUCUCCAGGUCCCAGACAUCAAUGGCGAAGGCUCAACAUCAGAUGCAGAUGGUGGUAGUGAUGAUAAGGGCAUGAUGGACAGCUUGCUCGAGUCCCUCAGAAACGGCAGGGAUAACGAGGCAUCGCGCAGGGACCGCCGUCGUAAGCACCGGAUGGAUCACUCAGCGUCAGUAGCUGUAAAAGCCCAGGAUCUGCUGACUUCUCUCAGGGAAGACAGCGGACACAUUCCAUGAACAAUUUAGACAGCAUAAGCAUCUCUUAGUUCAUGGCAUAGAUUCAAUACAAAGAGACAUUGUCCACGAUAUAGC